UCAGUCAGUCGAAUAGUACAAGUCAAACAAGGUACACAAGCCUACACACAGCUCCCAAAUAGGAGCUUUACAUUUAAGUACAUCCCAUUUUAAGACCAAUUCUACACCAGCAAGCAAGAACAAUGGAGACCGAGUAUUCGAAGGGUAUCCUGAAAUCUGGGGCGAAUAGUGCGCAACUCAAUCUCAAGGCGGCCAAGUUCGAUGAGAUAAACAUAUUGGCCACAUUCCAUCCUGUUGGCAAGGAUUAUGGCCACAUGAUCAUCGAUGAACCCAAGACUCCGUUUGUCUUCGAAGAUGACUUGCCCAAGGAGUUGGAUACAAAUGCUCUGAUCGAAAAGUUGCGCCAGACUUCGAAGUCGGAAAUGCCGGCAUUUGGGAUCGAAGGAGACUCUGAUGAUUCCUCGGCGGACGAUGACUUUCCCGAAUCUGUGGAGGAGAAAGUGCGUCGAAUGGAGUUUGAGAGCCGUCGCAGGCAGCACUACAAGGAGUUCUUUUCGGUUCCCCUGGCUCGACGCCUUAUAGCCGAGGAGUUCGGCGAGCCGAGCACUCCCGAACCCAGUAUUUGCAGUGAGAAGGUAGUGGAACAGAAUGAGAACUGUUGUGAAGAUGAUCAAGAAAUUGAUGGAGAAGCAAGCCAUUUUUCAGGCAGCAGGUCCUCCCGUUCUGCCAGUAAUUCCGAAUACAGGGCUUCAGAACGAUCUGACCUCGAGCCCGGACUUUCCCCCAGCCAUCAUUGCUACCAGAAACUGAAGGCCGACAUCUAUAACCAGCCCCCAGAGGAAUUGGCCUCAUUGAGUCACCUGCAUCGUCUGCCGUCGGUCAACGAUGAUGAUCCCAAUCAGGAACUACGAGUUCCAAACACUUCCGUCGUUCCGAGUGUUCGACCAACCUUAGAAGGUGACAAGAUAUCGCCGAAGGUCAGUCACUCAAAGACGGCAACUGUACGUAUUUGCAAAACCAGUUCCGAUACUCGGGCUGGCACCUCUAAGAAGGUGGUUCGUUAAAAUGUCUUCGAUUCUCUUUUCAAAUGGGCGUGUUUUUAUAAAAAAUUGUAUGUUAGCCUAUGAAAAAUCCUGUGAACCCAUCAGGUUAUAAGCUCGAAAUUUAUGUUAAAAAUACGAUGUAUAAAUAAAUCUGGCGGUUAAUUGUUCAUAUCUA